AUGCAGCUCAUGGACCGCAAGGAGCUUCACAUCUUGCCGCACUUCGGCGAGGACAUCGAUUUAGCCUACGGAGGAUUCGUGUUCAAGGAGGAUACUCCUGGCCGAUCUCCUCCGGGCACAACUUACUGGGCCUGUUCUAGGGUACAGCGAGCGACUCGUACCGAGUCCGCGCUCUACUGUCCGGCUCGUCUCACCGUGUAUGACGACAUCAGUGGUGACGAAAACCAGCUGCUGCUGCUAAAGGCUCCCAAACCUCACGUAUGUGGCGAAGAGAAUGCGGAGGGUCACAGGUUAAGGAUGCGAAUGGACCGUCUUGUAUGUUCCGGUGCUCUGGGGCCGAGAGGCGCGGCUGCCGAUGUCUACGAUGAGUUCACCGUUCAAGCGGCACAGGAG